CCUGACCCAUUCGAAAAGCAAUCCGAACUUCUCUUCCUUCUGCCCUCACUUCUUGUGAACACCCCCCCCUCUCUCUCUCUAAAAACCUAUUUCUAGGUUUCAUCUACUAUUUACACACGCACUUAUAUACACGCAUCGAUUCUUCGUACAUAGCGAUUCAGGGUUUCCUUCGAUCGAGCAACCAUGUCUCUGAGACCAAGCGCUAGAACCGAGGUUCGUCGGAGCCGAUAUAAGGUCGCCGUCGAUGCGGAGGAAGGUCGGAGAAGGAGAGAAGACAACAUGGUUGAGAUCCGAAAGAACAGAAGAGAAGAAAGCUUGCUCAAGAAGAGACGCGAGGGACUUCAAGCCCAACAAUUCCCAACUACCGUCAACGUCACUCAACUCGAUAAGAAGUUAGAAAGUCUUCCGGCUAUGGUGGCCGGCGUUUGGUCAGAUGAUGGCAACUUGCAAUUGGAAGCUACCACACAAUUCCGAAAACUGCUUUCAAUAGAACGCAAUCCUCCCAUUGAAGAAGUGAUACAAUCUGGUGUUGUUCCUCGCUUUGUCCAGUUUCUUGCCAGGGAUGACUAUCCCCAACUUCAGUUUGAGGCAGCCUGGGCGCUCACAAACAUUGCUUCUGGAACAUCUGAAAACACAAAGGUUGUGAUUGAUCAUAAUGCUGUUCCUAUUUUUGUGAGACUUCUUGGUUCUCCAAGUGAUGAUGUCCGUGAACAGGCUGUUUGGGCAUUAGGAAAUAUUGCUGGUGACUCACCCAAAUGUCGCGAUCUUGUCCUUAAUCACGGGGCUUUGAUGCCAUUGCUUGCACAAUUUAAUGAGCAUGCAAAGCUUUCUAUGUUGAGAAACGCAACUUGGACAUUGUCGAACUUCUGUAGGGGCAAGCCGCAGCCACAAUUCGAGCAGACAAAGCCUGCCCUUCCAGCUCUUGCAAGUCUUAUACAUUCAAAUGAUGAAGAAGUCCUUACUGAUGCAUGCUGGGCCCUAUCAUAUCUUUCUGAUGGUACCAAUGACAAAAUCCAAGCUGUUAUAGAGGCUGGUGUUUGCCCCCGUCUUGUUGAGCUUUUACUUCAUACAUCGCCAUCAGUUCUGAUUCCUGCCUUGCGCACAGUUGGUAAUAUUGUUACUGGUGAUGAUAUCCAAACUCAGGUUAUCAUAGAGCAUCAAGCUCUUCCUUGCCUUCUAAACCUGUUGACACACAAUUACAAGAAGAGCAUCAAGAAGGAAGCUUGCUGGACCAUCUCAAACAUCACAGCUGGAAAUAGGGAUCAGAUACAGGCUGUAAUCGAGGCUGGUAUAAUUGCACCACUUGUCCAGCUGCUUCAAAAUGCCGAGUUUGAGAUCAAGAAAGAGGCUGCUUGGGCAAUAUCAAAUGCUACUUCUGGUGGAACUAAUGAACAAAUCAAGUUUUUGGUGGGACAGGGGUGUAUAAAGCCAUUGUGUGAUCUCCUAGUUUGUCCGGACCCAAGAAUUGUCACGGUAUGCUUGGAAGGGCUCGAGAACAUUCUGAAGGUUGGGGAAGUUGAGAAGAAUAUUGGCAACACUGGUGAUGUGAACUUGUAUGCCCAGUUGAUCGAUGAAGCUGAGGGAUUAGAGAAGAUUGAAAAUCUUCAGAGUCAUGACAACAAUGAAAUAUAUGAGAAGGCAGUGAAGAUUCUUGAGACGUAUUGGUUGGAGGAGGACGACGAACAAUUGCCUCCUGGUGAUGCUUCUCAAUCUGGAUUUCACUUUGGAGGAAAUGAAGUUCCCGUUCCAUCUGGUGGAUUCAACUUUAGUUGAAGGACAGUCUGAUGGUGUUGGACGAAGUCAUAAGGUUUGGGCUGGUGGAAAAUUUGUUGGGAUUGGUGGGUAGGGCAUUCUCUCGUUGUCUUCAGGUCCUGUUUGGUCCAGAUUCAGGUAUGGUAUAUCAACAGAACGCUCCUUACGGUGGACUGAACAGAUAAUAGUGGGUUGUGUAAAGAUACCAUGAACCAGGUUAGAUGUUAUGCACUGUUGGAGGAUCCGUUACCAUAACAGAGGAACUGCUUGUACAAUGUAGAGUCCUGAGUCAUUUUAUUUAUUUUUUUCUUUUUGUUCUUGCUGUCAAGUUAUUAUCGUCAUUGUCUUCUAUUUUUUAUGUGUGCGUGAGAAAGCCAUUCUCUCCAUGAGAGAUGCAAGAGGAUUCGUGUUUGUUAUGUAUUGUUAUUGACGAAAGACCUUGUGGCAGAAUGAAGUAUAUUAUUGGUUGGUUCA